AUGGGUUCAAUCUCGACACAAGGAAAGGCCUUCCCACCUGGCAUCCAUGUCCCUUCUUUGACUUGGUUUCAGAAUGAUGCCAACCAAGAGAUCGACUGGGACCAGCAGAGUCGCCAUAUCGAGUUCCUGAUCAAGUCUGGUCUUGAUGGCGUCGUCAUUGCGGGAACAAAUGGAGAGGCGGUUACGUUAUCAGCAGACGAGAAAUCACGACUAGUUCGAACAACACGAGAGAUCGCAGUAUCUUGCGGUCGACCCGAUAUUACAAUCACAAUGGGAACCUCCUCACAAACAACAAGAGACGCAAUCAACGAGACAAAGCUGGCAAAGGAGGCCGGCGCUGACUUUGUGCUUGUCUUGACACCCAGUUACUUCCACUUCGCUAUGUCACAAGAUGCCAUCGUCGCAUUCUUCGAAGAACUCGCCGACAACAGUCCUGUCCCUGUUGUUAUCUAUAACUUCCCCGGCGUUGUAGCUGGUCUCGAUGUUAACUCUGAGAUGCUCGAGCGUCUUGCUAAGCACCCCAACAUCGUUGGUGUGAAGCUCACAUGCGGUGGUAUCGCAAAGGUCGCCCGCGUGGCAGCCCAGUUCAAGCCUGAGGAGUUCACUGCCCUCGCUGGUCAGAGUGACUGGCUUGUGCCUGCCCUAUCUGUUGGUGCCACAGGUGCUGUCACUGGUGUUGCGAACUUGUAUCCUAAGACUUGCCUACGCAUCUUCGACUUGUACAUGGCAGGCAAGACAAAGGAAGCUGAAGCUGCACAGCUUGAGCUGGCUAAGAUGGAAUGGGGAUUUGCCAAGGGCGGUAUCAACGGUACCAAGUGGGUUGUGGCCAAACUUCUGGGAUACCCUGACGGCAGCUGCCAUUGCAGAAAGCCUUACCCUCAGUAUGUCGAUGAGAGCAAGCAGGAGUGGAUUCACAAGGUGGUUGAGCCUCUCUCAAAUGUUGAGAAGAGCCUCGAAUAUGUAUUGCAACAUCGAAACGAAUUCGAUCGGAGGGCUAUUCAAAAUGCCCAAACAGACAAAAUCAUCAUGGGUGGUUUUCGCGCUGUUGAAGAUCGGCCUACGCCAAAGGAAGUUUACAAUUGGCGUCUUUACACCGAGGCAGCAGUUAUUGCUACAGGAUCUUUGCUGUUUGGUUAUGAUUCCGCCUUCGUUGGCACUACAAUCGCUCGUGAGAGCUUCAAGCGUGAUUUUAACAUUCAGCCUAGCGACCAGGCUGAUAUCUCAUCGAACAUCACUGCGACAUUCCAGGCUGGUGCCUUUUUCGGUGCUAUUAUCUGCUUUCUGAUUACUGAGAAGAUUGGACGAAAAUGGGCCCUCCAGGCUAAUGUUGUCAUUUUCCUUGUUGGUGCCAUCCUUAUGACAGCCGCUACUCAUCAAUUAUCCUAUAUCUACGCUGGUCGUGCUCUCACAGGAAUCGCAUGCGGAGCCAUCACGGCUACAGUGCCCAGUUACAUCGCCGAGCUUUCCAUCGUUUCCAUCCGUGGCAUCCUCACAGGUCUCUUCGAAGUCACAUACCAAACUGGAUCCUUGAUCGGCUUUUGGAUCAACUACGGCAUCAACCAGAACAUGAACCCAAACUCUACUGCGGCAUGGCGUGUUCCCAUGGCUGUCCAAAUCGCCCCCGCCGGUAUUCUUUUCAUCGGUGGCUUCUUCUUGCACGAGAGUCCUCUUUGGUUGAUGCGCAAGAACCGCGAGGAAGAGGCUACCCAGGCCCUGGAGAGUCUCCGCCAGAUUCCUCGAGACCACAAGUAUCUCCAGGAGGAUUUGGAUAUGAUUCGCAAGCGUCUCGCCGAUGAGGCCCGCGUUGCUAGUCGGUUUGGAACUGGACCUUGGGCUCUUUUCCGAGGUGCUAUUUCUGAGCUUACCAAGAAGGGAAUGCGAAACCGUGUCUUGCUCGUUUUCUGCUCUUUCGCUCUGCAGAACAUGUCCGGUGCUGCUGCCAUCAACUACUACUCGCCCACUCUUUUCGGAUCUCUGGGUAUCCAGGAUGUUGCUCUGUAUACCGGAAUUUACGGUCUCGUCAAGGCUGUCGCGUCCAUCAUCUUUUAUGGUGCCCUUAUCGACAUGUGGGGACGACGAAACCCUACGAUCAUCUCUUCUGCCAUGUGCUCUGUUUGUCUUUGGAUCGUCGGUGCUUAUGUCAAGAUUGGACAUCCCGCUACCAUCAUUGCCGAGGGCAAGGAGCUUUCCCCGUCGACUGCUGCUGGUGGCAAGGCUGCCACUGCCAUGAUUAUGAUCUACUCUGUCUUCUGGUCUUUCGGUCUUAACGGUAUCCCUUGGAUUGUCUCUGCCGAAAUCUUCCCUGGUGCUCUCCGCACUUUGACAGGUACAUACGCAGCCUGCGUUCAAUGGCUUACUCAAUUCGCCAUCACCAAGGCUCUUCCCUACAUCUUCAAAUCCUUCGGCUACGGAACAUGGUUCUUCUUCGCAUGCUGGAUGAUCACUGCCACUGUUUGGGCCUUCUUCUUCCUCCCCGAGACCAAGGGCAAGACCCUCGAAGAGAUGGAUAUCAUGUUUGGUUACAUGCACGACAGAGCACCUGCCGAGAGCGAUGAUAUGGGUGGCAAGCUUGGUGCACGUGCAUCGGUGACUGAGCACAAGGAGGAUAAUGUUUGA